AUGAAAUGUGUUUAAAAUAAAUUUCAUCAUUCUCAUUUAGAAUCAUGGAUUGACAUGCCUCAAUUAUAUGAACAACUAAGUAAUCAAGAGUAGGAAUGUCUGAAACUCUUGGAUAAUAUUUCAGAGUAAUUUGAGUCAAUCAUUCACUCAUUCGAAAAAUUGAAAGAAGGGAUUAAAUUAAAAUAUAUAGUAAACAAAGAAAGAUUAGGAAGAUUGAAUGUGCAAUAACUAAAUGUAGCAGUUGGUGAAAUGAUAUAAUUCUAAGAAUAUAAAUAAUAAGCUCAGUAUUCUAUAUCUAGCUGCCUCAAAACUUUGUAAAAUGAUUUAACUAAGUUUAUUGUUAAGUUGAGAAUAGAAGAUUUGAAUUAUUGCACACAAAAUGAAAACAAUAACAAAGAGUCAUUAAAUGGAAAUGGUAGGAGACAUUCAUUUAAUUAGGUAAAAAACAAAGCAUUUUAAAUGAGAGAGAGAUGUUAGAAUCAACAAUUAAGAUGUUAAAUCAAACUUCGGUUUUGAAUGCUGAAAAUUUAUCUGCAUUUUCAAUGAAAUGUUAUUGAUCAUCAUUAAAUUUAGCAUUAACUUUAAAAUCACUUGGCCAAUUUGCAGAAGCUAUUACAUGGGCAGAUAAAGCUUUAAAUAUUGACCCAAAUCACAUUAAAUCAUUAUAUUGCAAAGGUGAUUUUAAUAUAAACAUUAGCUAAGUGCUUAUAUAUGCUCGACAAAUAUGAAGAAUCAUAAGAAUGGGUCGAAAAAGUUUUAAAAUAUGAUCCAAAUCAUGUUAAUGCGUUGCGAUGCAAAGGUGGAUAUGUUUAUGUCAUUUUUAAGGAGAAAGCUUAGUUUAAUAAGGACAAUAUUAAUAUGCCUUAACUUGGAUUAACAAGGCCUUAUAAAUUGAAUCCUAAGAUAGUAAUACUAUCUACUCAAAAGGUAAUUAAUUUCGAUAUUCUACUAUUAGCACAUUGCCUAUAUCUACUUGCUAAAUACAAUGAAGCAAUUCUCGAAACUGAGAAAGUCUUAGUUAAAGAUCCUUGUCAUUUGAACUCUUUGUCUUGCAAAAGUACGAUUCUAAUAUAAUUGCUUAGUUAGAAGUUUAUUCAUGCUUGAUAAAUAUGAAGAAUCUAUCCUGUGGGCUGACAAAGCAUUGAAUAAAGAACCAAACCAUUUGAUUAUUCUAACAUGCAAAAGUAUUCCAAUCUACUGUUAUUCUUAGCAUAAAGCUUAUUUAUUCUUGAUCGCUUUAAAGAGGCCAUAGUAUACGCAGAUCGAGUUUUAGAAAUAGACCCUAAAAAUAUCAACAUUCUCGACUGCAAAGGUUGACAUAAUAUUUAAUUUAACAGCAUAGUGCUUAUUUUAGCUAGCAAAUUACAAAGAAGCUAUUAUUGUAGCAGAUCUAAUUUUGACUCUCAACUCAAAACAUCUCAGUGCUUUACGCUAUAAAAGUUGUUAAUUUUCAUUAAUUAUAAGCUACUUGUUUAUACGCAUUGAAUGAAUAUAGAAAUUCAAUAUCAUAUGCAGAUUAACUUCUUAUUAUAAAUCCUAAUGAUGAGAGCACUAUAAUAACUAAAGGUCAAUAUACAUUUACAUUCCAGGAAAUAGUUUAAAAUAACUCGGAGAAUUUAAAGAGGCCUUAGUUUGGCAGGAUAAAGCCUUAUCUAUCAACCCAAAAAAUUUGUCCAUGCUAGUUUCCAAAUGUAUCAAUCUUUUUAAUAAAUAAAGCAUAAUGUCUAUUUCAACUAGAUCGAUUCUAGGAAGCCAUUGAAUAUGCCAAUUAGGUACUAAUCUUAGAUCCCAAUAAUGUUGAAUUCUUAUACUCAAAAGGUAAUGUAAAUUUAAAUCUUUAGCUGAGUGUCUAAGACAUCUUGAGUAAUAUGAGGAGUCAAUCUAAUGGGCUGAUAGAGCAUUAGCGUUAGAUUAUAAUCAUGUUAACUCUUUAAAUUGCAAAUGUUUAUACUUUCAUUAUAAUUUUUAGAAAAUAGUCUACGGUUGCUUAAUGAACAAUAGAGUGCUUAGACUAUUGUGGAUAUGAGUCUAGUGAUCUAUCCAAUGCAAGAUGAAUUUUGUGUUUCAUUAUUGAGAAAAGGUAUAAUAUAUAAUUGCACUUUAUUAGCUAACAACUUAAUAUAAACAGGGUAAGAUUAAGAUGCUAUAGUUUUAUUAGAUAAGGCUUUAUCCAUUGAUUCUAAAAAUAUUUAUUCUUUGGAAUGCAAAUGUAUUUUGAUAAUGAUUCAUUAAUAGUGCAAUGCAUAUUCAGGUUGAAGGAAUAUGAAAAUGCAAUCGUGCUGUCCAAUAAAAUCUUAGAGAUUGACCCUAAUAAUCUUACAGGCUUGUAGUGUUUAGGUUAUAUGGAUUGAAUAUUUUUAGCCGAUAGUUUAAGGUUACUUGGUAAAUAUUAGGAAGCAAUUGUUCAAGCGGAUAAAAUAUUGUCACUAAAUGAAAAUUCUGUAUUAUCAUUGUAGUGCAAAGGUAUAAAAUAGCAAAAUUCUUAGCUUUAUGCUUAAAUAUACUUGGUUAAUAGAGAGAAGCUUUAGUUUUGGCCAAUAAAGCUUUGACUAUUGAACCUAAUUCAGUAGAAUCAUUGACUUGUAAAGGUAAGUUUUAUGUUUAAGUAAGGAAAUAUCUUAUAACACAUCGGACAAUAUUCUGAAGCAUUGAAAUUGUCAGAUUAAGUAUUAGAUGGAUAUCCACAAAAUUUGGAGUCUUUAAAGUGCAAAUGUAAGAGAAUGGUCUCCAUAAUUAGCUCAUUGUCUAUAUAUGUUGACUCGAUAUUAAGAGGCCAUUAAUUCAGCAAAAGUAAUCUUAGAUCAUGAGCCCAAGAAUAUUAAUAUUCUAUAAAUAUUUGGUAUUAAUAAAUUAUACCCAUAAUAGUGUAAAGUUUAUUCAAACUUGGUAUUUUUGGAGAGGCAAUUAUUUUUGCUGACAAGAUACUAGAACUCUUCCCUAAUCAUUUAGAUAUAUUGCUUUGUAAAGGUUAGAAAAUUUGAAUAAUUUAAGCUCAUAGUUUAAGAUUACUUGGGAAAUUUAAUGAGGCCUUAGACAUUGUAGACAAGGUACUUUGCAUAGAUUUAAAUAAUCUUAGUGGAAUGUAGUGUAAAGGUUGUAAUGCAUUUAUAAUUUAGCUUAAACUUUAUAUAUGUUGGAUAAGAAUGCUGAUUCCAUUAUUUGGACAGAGAAGGUCUUGGCUAUUGAUCCCAAUCAUAUCAGCACAUUACACUGUAAAGGUAUUACUUCAUCUUAAGUAAUAGCUGACAAUUUAAGAUUGCUUGGUAAUUACAAUGAAGCAAUCAAAUUGGCAGAUAAAGUGUUGGCUAUCGAUCCUAAAUUUGUUAAUGCCUUAUAUUGUAAAGGUUUCUUUAUUUCAUUGAUAAUUAGCUGAUAGUUUAAGAUCACUCUCUUAGUAUAAUGAAGCCUUAAUUUGGGCUGAUAAAGUAUUGGCUAUAGAUCCAAGACAUGUUAAUACUUUAGGAACCAAAGGUAAGCCUCAAUACUAAUUAGGCGAUAUUUUAAGAAUUUAUAAGAAAUACGACUUUGCUCUAAAGUUGUUUGAUAUAGCAUUGAGCAUAAAUCCAACUAGUUAUUUUUCACUUUCUGAAAAAGGUUUUUCAUUCAAUAACACUUAGGCUUAUGUCUACAAGAAUUAAAACGCUAUUAGGAGGCCAUCAUUUGUUACUAGAAGGCUUUAAAGAUACAGCCAAAUAAUGGGUGGACUUUAUGUAGAAAAAGUAUAGAUAUCAAACAUUAUUAGAAUAAUGUGAAGAGGCAUUAAUAAGGUAGAGAUCAGGAGUGAAAUAAAUUUGA